AUGCAGUCUGCCAUUAAAAAAGAAAUUGGGGAUACAGUCACACAGAAGAGUCUUGAGGAUUUCUUCAAAGACCUCUUUCCAGUCGGUGACUCAUCAAAUAGUGCGCAGAUACUCAUAAAUUCUUUAACCGACAAAUCACCAGAAGGGCUGUAUGAACUAAUUCUUAAGUGCAGAAACAAUAAGACCGAUUUUGCUAAAUGGAUAUAUAAAUGUAUUAAAAUCUCUAAUCCUACCACAGAAACGAGCCAGAGUGAAAUAUCCCAAAGCACUCUAAAAAAUUCAAAAAUAUCCACUAAAAAUAUUUCUGAAUAUUUAUCGGAAAUUACCGCAAUAUCGCCAGCAAAACCAAUGGAGGUGCCAGGCUCAGAAGAAGAAUUUAUUAAUUUCUGCUUAUCUUCAAAGGAAUUCCAAAAAUCCUGGAAUGUUUUAAGAUUGUCUUCUUUCUAACUUUGUCACAGAGAUAAAAC